AUGUCAGCCGACGAAGAAAGCCCGCACGACCGCGAGAGCGCUGCUGCCUUCCCCCGCUGCAUUGAGUGCGGCGGCUUCGGCCUAGCGCUUGUCACAAACCCGCAGAAGAUCUGCACGCACUGUGCGCGUGUGAAAAAGGUCUUUUUCGAUCCAGAUCGCAACACCUUUUGCCGAGACGAAGGCUUUGUGGACAUUUCGCCCUCGGCGGACGGCGGUGUGCUGAAAAAGAUACUUCGCGAGGGACAGAGCGGGAAACGACAGCUGGAAGAAGGCUGUCCGACAUUUGUGCAAUAUGUAGGCCGCCUGAUGGACGGCUCUAUUUUUGACACAACACGUGAUAUGAUUGACGGGAAGCACGUGGGUGGAACGGAUGACCCGUUCGAGUUUCAAUUGGGCCGAGAGAAGGUGAUCAAAGGAUGGGAUAUUGGCGUAGCCACGAUGAGUGUGGGCGAGGUGGCACGAUUUAUCAUUGCUCCAGCGUACGCGUACGGCCAUGAGGGAUUUGCGCCGAAAGUGGAACCAGACGAGACGCUCGAUUUCGAAAUUGAGCUACUGAGCUUCAAGGACCCUUUGCCCCGUUUUCCAACGCAAGCAGAACUCGCUGAAUCCCGCAAGAAGCAGAAUGAAGAGGACCAGAAGUUGCUGGAGGAGAACCCGCCGCCCACAGUAGAUGAACGCAUCGAAUGUGCGUUGGAACAGAAGGAGAAAGGGAAUGCCUUGAUCGCUAAUCACGACUACGACCAGGCGCAAAAGUGCUACGACUCGGGUUUCGUGCACGUGUUUUACGCAAAGGAGGAGUGGGAGAAUCUGGUGUCUGACGAAGACAAAGACAAGGUGAACAAAGUCAAGCUGGUGCUCUACCUCAACCGAGCGCUGUGUAAGAUCAAGCUCGGGAAGAUCGAGGAUGCGCUGUGGGACUGCGAUCAGGCAAUUCUGCUUGAUUCGAGCAACAGCAAGGGUCAUUUCCGCCGGGGUCUUGUGUUUACCGAAAAGCUGAAGAGCGAGCUGGACAAAGAGAGCAAAGGCGAGUUCUGGAUUGUUGACAAGGGCUUCGAGUAUGCUUCCGAGGCAGAACGGAGUUUUGACAAGGCAAAGCAGCUCCUUGGCGACGCCAAUGACCGCAAAUUAUUACACGCGUUAGCCGAUCUGAAGCGAAACCAUGCGCUGUUGAACAAGUACGCUGCCAAGUACAAAGAGGAUGAAAAGAAGCUGUACAAGGAAAAGAUCUUUGACCGCUUGGAGGCCAAGAACAAGGAGCUGGAGAAGCUGGAGAAGUUGAGAGCCGAGGCCACAGAGUUUGAUGAUAUGCCUGCGCUCGAAUGA